CAAUAAUAUCUAGAUCUAAAAUGUAUAGUUUUAUUAUUAUUAAUGAAAAUAAAGCGUUUAUCCAUUGAAAACAGGUAAGCGCACUGCAAACAGCUGCUGUAUGUCUGAUGUGAAACACUUUGUCCUUUUAUGUAACAGCGCCGUUCAGGCGUUAUGAAAGCGCAGAACAUCACAGCAGACCUGCGCGUUUCCAUGAAUCAAGGAUCUCCUGCAGAGCUGCUGACCGCCUGCAUUUCAAUGGGAUCCUGCUGAGCGAUUAAUCUAUGCUGAGUUUAUUUCUGAGCAUCAUGCUGUUGGUUGCUCAGCUUCGUUUCUGUCAGAGUUGUUUGUGGUACUGUAAAAGUUCUCAGCGGCUGUUCUCGCUCUGUACUGCGCAGAGGUCAUCAUCCAAUUACUAUGAACUUCUCGGGGUGAAACCGGACGCUACGCUGGAACAAAUUAAGAAUGCAUUUUUCGACAAGUCCAAAAAGUUGCACCCAGACAGUGACCUAUCCAAUCCCAGCCUGCACACUCAGUUUGUGAAGCUGAACGAGGCAUACAGGGUGCUGAGCAGAGAAACUUCCAGACGGGACUAUGACCUAAGCCUGAGGUACCAGUAUUCUGGAGGUCCGGCCUUCAGAGCUUCUUCCAGCUCCACCAACAGCCCCAGUGCGGAGGCUGCAGAAAGCAUGCGCUAUUGGGAGCAGUUCAGACAGGCCCAGCCUCAGGAGAACACGGCUGAGGAGUGGGAAAAGAGGAAGAAACGGAACAUGCGUUUGGUGGGCUACUGCGUGCUCACCAUGCUAAUCAGUCUCUCUGCACAUUACUUUGGGUUUAGGAAACUGGAAGAGGUCCAUAAUAACUUCAUGGAUGAGAAGGACAGAGUCAUCACUGAGAUCUACAAUGAAUCCAAAGAAAGAGCCAGAGUGAAUGGCUUUAAGAAGCAGCAGGAGAUCUUGAGAAAGAAACACGCCGAGUUCCUGGAGAGAUACAAGAUCCGAAGUAAUGGAGAAGAGAAGUAAAGCAAGGAAAGACUGAUCUAAAGGAAGCUCAUCGCACAGGGUUAUGGACAGAGUGCAGGUUGUGGAUGAAUGUGAAUUGUAUUACGUGUCAAUAGUUUUUAUCAAAUUUUCUAGGGUCACAUUGUAUCAGAUCCUUGAAUAAGGUUCUCAAAGUGUUUCAAAAUGUUACCAUUUUUUUGCAGACAGUAAUAUUUUGACCUAGUUUUUCGGUCCUGUUCUUUGACCCAACUCUUGUCAGAUAAGGUCACAGAGGGUGCAAGGCAAAUUAGGCUGAUUACAGGCGACCAUGGCUCCUCAUCAGGUGUUGGAAAUGCCUGUACACUUACUGUAUUGCCUGCAUUUACAGGCGACAUUGUAACUGCACCUGGAAAGGGUGUUAUGGAAACAUUGCAUUCCUGAUAAAGUAGUUCAUCAAAACACUGAAAACACUGUACAUUGUGCACUUUGUUAAGCUCAGUGUGUGUGGGAGAGUUUCUCAUGGAAGAAAGUUCUAAAGAUGGACAGAUCAGUGCUGUCCAGUGUGACUUAUUUCAGGUGCUGGCUAUUUUCCAGCUUAUUGAAUGAAACAUCAGAUAAUCCUUUCUUGAAAAGGAAGUAAAUGGCACUUUGGCAAGUAAUGAGACAUUUCUUUCCCCCUUGUAAUAGAUCUAGGCUGCAUAUCAAAUGCAUUUCCUACAAGUUAUUAUACAAGAACUAUACAGGAUUAUAUUAAACAAGUCCUUAUGCUGGAUCCAAACUCUUGGCAGACCCCUGCUGUCACAAGGCAUUGCUCCCAAAAUGAUGUCUUCUUAGAUAUCCAUGUUAUUGCCUUGUACAUUUUUAGGGUUUGUCAUUUAAUGUAAAUUCUGCAAUAGACAGUCACUUUUAAUUACCAGAGCGCCUUCAUCUUUAUAAAUCAAAUAUUGAUUUUGUGUGGAAUCACUCUAAUGUAAGCCUUAAUGUCAAUGGAUUUUGUAGUGAUGAAUAAUUAAAGAUGAUAUGGAUCUCAA